AUGUCGGUCACUCUCCAUACGACCCAAGGCGACCUGAAAGUCGAGCUCUUCUGUGAGGCAGUGCCGAAGACAGUAGAGAAUUUCCUCGCCCUUUGCGCAUGCGGCGCAUACAACAACACGCCCUUCCACCGUCUAAUCCCCGGCUUCAUGAUUCAAGGAGGCGAUAUUUCUCUAGGACCAGCAGCACAUCAAUCGCAAGACAGCACCAAACCCAUGCUUCCCUUCGACGACAUCCCGAAAGGCGGCACAUCGAUCAAUCACCCUGGCGCAUUGGACCAGGAAAUCCACAUCCCCGCUCUUCGGCACAAUACGCGCGGAAUUCUCUCAAUGGCAGCGCGCCCCGUCAAAGAUAGGACAGCUCCCGGAUCCCAGGGUGCAAUGGGGGCUACGAUUAACGGAAGUCAGUUCUUCAUUACGUUUGCCGCUGCCCCGCAUUUGGACGGAAAUAGCACCGUCUUCGGGAAGGUGUUGAACUUGACGGCACAAGAUGAGGGUGGUGAUGUGUUGAGCAAGUUGGAGAAGGCGAAUGCGAAGGUGGACAAGAAGGGGAGGGUUGUGCAGCCGAAAGAGGGCGAGGAGUCGGAGUAUGAGGCACUGCGCAUUAACAGGGUCACGAUACAUGCGAAUCCACUUGCGAAGUGA